CUCUCGCAGACGUGUCCGCUGCUGCUCCGCGUCUUCACCACCAACAAUGGGCGGCACCACCGCAUGGACGAGUUCUCCCGCGGCAACGUGCCCUCCAGCGAGCUGCAGAUCUACACCUGGAUGGACGCAACUCUGAAAGAGCUCACCAGCCUGGUGAAAGAAGUUUACCCAGAAGCACGGAAGAAGGGCACACACUUCAAUUUUGCCAUUGUUUUCACAGACCUGAAGAGGCCGGGGUAUAGGGUGAAGGAGAUCGGCAGCACCAUGUCGGGCAGGAAGGGCACGGACGAUUCCAUGACGCUGCAGUCGCAGAAGUUCCAGAUAGGCGACUACCUGGACAUCGCCAUCACGCCCCCGAACCGUGCCCCGCCCCCGUCCAGCCGCAUGAGACCCUACUGAACCCUCGC